GCACAGGAAAGCAACCAGUAAAAGAUGGCCUCUCACCACCUUCCCUUCCACCGCACUCUUCUAGUUUACCCUCCUCUCUCUGCCACCGUCCCUUCCUUCCCCAGCUCAACAAGUCAUGGGCUCUUGUGUUAGCAAGUGCUACACCAGUGCUCAUCCUCCUCCUCCUCCUCCCCCUGACCUUGAUUCUUGCGUUCUGCAAGACAAGCUCGUCAUCUCUGAAUCCGCUCCUCCUCCCAACUCUCUCUCCUGUGCUCUCUCCAAGGCACAGACUCCCUCCUCCUCUUCCUGUUCCUUGUUGUCUUCUUCUUCUCCUUCCGUUUCCUCCUCCUCCUCCUCCUCCUCGAACUCGUGUAGUAGCACUUCUUCGCUGCUGCAAUACUCGAGCGCACACAAGCAUGGUGAAGCUGUGAAGCCUAAGCCUGUCAAGUCUGCUGUCCAAACUCUGCAGCCUACACCGAAGAAAUCGGUUCCAGCAAAGAGAGCUCGCUCUUCCUCGCCGAAUGCGGUCGCUGGGCGUAAGGUUUACAGGACCGAGAACAGCUCGGUGGCGGUGGCGGCUCCUCAGAGACGGAGAAGCACGCAGAUCGAGAAGCAAAGACACGAUGUUAUGGCUCCUCAGAUCACCGCAAGGAAGGACAACACCCGACUCCGGCAAAGUUUGAGCUCAGAGAAAGAGAUAAGGGUGCACCACAUCCACCAUGUCCACAACGCACAGGAGGUCUCAUCUGGGGUUCCUCUCGCCGACGACCUAGACAAUCCUCUCAUAUCUAUGGACUGCUUCAUCUUUCUUUGAAGAAGAAGAAGAAGAAGUAAUUGCAGCUCGAGCUCGCAAUAAUGGUUUGUCUGUUUGGUGUCUUCUUUACAUUCGUUGUAUCCGUAACUCUACCUCUGAGUGAGUGACAGAGAGCACACAUACAAGGAAGAGGUCAUGUGGAUUAAGCGUAUGGAGGCUUGUUUGGUUUGUACUCGAAUGUAGUAUUGGUGAAGUCAUGUACAAAUAUGGAGUGUUGAUUUCUUA